CUGAGCAGCUGGGACAGCCGCUGAACAGCUGGGACAGACCGGCGCUCGAGAGGCGGUGGAGCUGAGUGUUGCCUAAUUGUAAUCUUGAACAUGGGCGGUGCUGUGAGUGCUGGUGAAGACAAUGAUGAGCUGAUAGAUAAUUUGAAAGAAGCACAGUACAUCCGGACUGAGCUGGUAGAGCAGGCUUUCCGAGCUAUCGAUCGCGCAGAUUAUUAUCUUGAAGAAUUUAAAGAAAAUGCUUAUAAAGACUUGGCAUGGAAGCAUGGAAACAUUCACCUGUCAGCCCCAUGUAUCUACUCAGAGGUGAUGGAAGCCCUGGAUCUGCAGCCUGGACUCUCGUUUUUGAACCUGGGCAGUGGCACUGGGUACCUCAGCUCCAUGGUGGGCCUCAUUCUCGGUCCUUUUGGUGUAAACCAUGGGGUGGAACUUCAUUCAGAUGUGAUAGAGUAUGCAAAACAGAAACUGGACUUCUUCAUCAGAACGAGUGAUAGCUUUGACAAGUUUGACUUCUGCGAACCUUCCUUUGUUACUGGUAAUUGCCUAGAGAUUUCUCCAGAUUGUUCCCAGUAUGACCGAGUAUACUGUGGGGCCGGUGUGCAGAAGGAACAUGAAGAGUACAUGAAAAAUCUUCUCAAAGUAGGCGGGAUCCUUGUUAUGCCCCUGGAAGAGAAGUUGACUAAGAUAACGCGCACAGGUCCUUCUGCUUGGGAAACCAAAAAGAUUCUGGCUGUUUCUUUUGCUCCUCUGGUCCAGCCCUGCCAUUCAGAGUCAGGAAAAUCAAGACUUGUCCAGUUACCGCCCCUGGCGGUGCGCAGCCUCCAGGACCUGGCACGCAUUGCCAUCCGCGGCACCAUCAAGAAGGUCAUUCAUCAGGAAGCAGCAAGCAAGAAUGGAAAUGGACUGAAGAGCACCCCUAGGUUUAAGCGCAGGAGAGUUCGCCGCCGUCGGAUGGAAACGAUUGUUUUUUUGGACAAAGAGGUCUUUGCCAGUCGCAUUUCCAACCCCUCCGAUGACAACAGCUGUGAGGACUUGGAAGAGGAGCGGCGGGAGGAAGAGAAGACACCGCCUGAAACAAAGCCAGACCCCCCAGUGAACUUCCUUCGCCAGAAGGUCCUGAGCCUCCCUCUGCCAGAGCCUCUGAAAUACUACUUGCUUUAUUACCGAGAAAAAUAAGUCUGCUGUUUAAAAAGGGGUAACGAGGAAAAGCAGGUUGCUGAGUCUGAAGUGAGUGCUGCCCGCCUGCUGCGAGGGUCACUUGGGAGCAGGUCACUUGGGAAGGGGACUGCUGUACUCGUCCACAUCAGAGUUUUCUUUCUCUAGCUCUUGAUUGUCCUCUGAAAUUUUGAUUCAGUGGUAUGAUUUUUUUAAACAUAAUCUUACAAGAUGUACACUGCAAAGAAGAAUGUUUCCCCAAAUUGGAGAGAAUGCUCUUAGAGAAGGUGUGUUUUUUGCAGCUCUAGUAAAACACUAGGAUGUGCAUGGUAGAGACUGUCUGACAAUCCGUCACACAACGUGCACAUGGUAUGCAUUAAAAAUGAAAGUGGAAGUUGAAAUUAGCCUGUGUUUCUUAUAAAGCACAAGUUGGUAAAUGUAUAAAAGCUUUUCCGGGUGUGGCACACCUGUGUCCAAGUUUGAUUUUUUCCGGGUGUGGCACACCUGUGUCCAAGUUUGAUUGAUUCCAAGUUUGAUGGAAUCAAUCUCUUACUGGCACUGAGUUUCAUGUAACUUUUUAGUUACCUAGAGGCGGAAACAUUAAAAAGCCAUCCCUUAUUUUAAGUAAAUUAAUUAAAUCUUAUGUGAGUUGUUAAUUGUGAUUUUUGAAAGGAAAAAUUGUGAUUAGGGGAGGUGGAAUAAAUAUAUCAAACUGCCAGAUGUCUUUCUGGAAUUACAGAAGAAUUCCAAGUUUUUUUUCCCCCUGACACCUUUUGUUACCUUUAAAAGAACCACUGUCAAGUAAGUCCCUUAAAGGAUAUCCUGAAAAAUGAAACAAGUUUUUUUGUGUAAGUAAUAAGCUAAAUUACUUUUACCCUAACCAUAGGCAUGAUUAUUUACCAAAGUUUAAAGACCAUAGUGGGUUUCUAAAGUGUUGACAGGCUUACUCCUCAGAACAGGUGGAAAAUAUUAAGAAUGCAAGAAAUAGAUUGGGGACUGUAUUGUAGACAGCAUGUGCUCUUUUGACUUCAGUUUGCUAUUUUUCUGUGAUCACAUUAGAGUACUGACUCAUAGAUUUUAUCUUUUAUAAUUCUGGAGAAAAAGAUUUGUUAGUUUUGUAAUUUUUCUUAAGAAAAAAUAUAUGUAUUUUAGUAGCCUCAUUGCAUUAGAACAGUUUAAAUCAACAGUGAUGUGUGAAAUCAAUCUUCUCCAGGCUUUGUGAGCCAAGAGCUUUCUGUCUUAUCCAGCUGUGGGGCUGGAAGAAAAUCAGGCUUUCUGGCAGUCAGACGGCAAAAUGAAUUGAUUCAGAACACUGGUUCUUUUUAAAACCUUUUUUUUUUUUUUUUAACCCAAAGAAAAGAAUAGUAUAAAUUGUUAACAUUAAACCCAAACUCAGCGAUGGAGUAGUAUCCACAUUUUAUGAUUAAUUUUUACUCUUAGUGUCCUGGGAGUUGCUGGGGUUCAUGGUCUCUGUAGUUUCACAAGCUUAACUAACUAAUUUCUGGUUAUUUUGGAUUUUUUUCUGCUUUUUUAGUCACUGAAUCAUUUUUACCACACAAUAUAGUCUGCAUGCACAGCUGGAAAAACCAUGUAUAUUGCCCUAGACUGGUAAAUUUAAGCUGAUUUAAAGAAAGUUAGUUCAUAGCUAUGUUUACUUGCCUUCUAACUCAAAGUCAAGCUCCAUUCUUUCAGAGAGAAAUGCAUGCUUUAAGUUUACUUGCUAAUACUUUAUAGUUUGCAGAUCCUUGUUGACAUUAUUGUAAUUGAUAUGUAGAAACUUAUACGUUACUUGGGAAUUUUUGGACAUAAUAGUAAAUAAAUGGUAUCUGUGAAAUCUAUUAUAUUAGGUGGCUUGACUAAAUUUUUUCCCUAUAAUUGUAUAUGCACUACAUUUUUAAAACCACAUUUGCCUUUAUGCUAGAUUGUAAAAUUCAUUAAAAUGCAUAAGAUAUGUUUUUCCCUGUAAAACUUUUCCUAGCAUUUUGUAUUUACAUGUUGUCAGUCUGUGAUUUUUAAACCAGAAUUUGGUUAAAAAAUAUCAUUGUAAUAUAUGUGAGAAAUAGUUUGGUGUUUAUCUUAAAAAAAAAAAAGAAUGUAAGUAAAUUUUCCUGUGCUUGAGCACCUUAUACCAGAAUUCAGUAUAAUACAUACUUCCUUUUUUUAAACUGAUAAAUCUUAACCUGUACUGUCUGUUAGGUAUGUAUUAUAAACCACAUUCUUGACAACUGUUUGCUUUUAUGUUUUGCGUAGUCUGUAUUUUAAUAUGUGACUUUUGUCUUGAAAAGUAGUAAAGCCAUAGACUUGUGCAAAACAAAUUUCAAAUUGAUAAAUAUUAAGUAUGUAAUGUAAGAAUCAAAUGUGUAUGAGAAAUACUUUUGCCAGUCUGGAACUUACAGGGAAAAACCCAAGAAAUUUGAAACGUGGAUUUUAAUGAGCUGAUGUACAUGGAGAAACACAAAUGAUACCAAUAAAGGUAAAGACAUUUUAUCCUCAG